GACGGUGCCCACUGCCGGUGGUACCAGGAUAAAGUUCAACAUGGAGAAAGCCAUGGGUAGGAGCCUAGGCGAUAGAUGGGAUUUCCACGGGCUCCUCGCCGAGCAGUCGCAGCUCCUGCGCUGCAGACUUCCGGCAGCGAAGCAGCUGCAGCUGUUCAAGCAGUUCAGCGCUCUGAAGAUGCAGAUACAAGAGCAGGUUGUUUUCCUGAAUGCGUUGGCCAGGGACUUCCUCCUGGAGCCCAGUCAGAUCUUACAACUGGGCUUUGAGCGCGAGAUAGCCGAGGAGGUUGUGUGGCGGCUUCUACCGUGCACUGCGGGAGCUAAAGAGCGAUAUCUCACGAUCUUGGCCGCUCCGACUUUUAGAGCGUACAUCUCGGCGCUGCAGCAUUCACACAGCCUUCUGAACCUCAACGUGCAGAAUCCGAGUGGCCACUACAGGCUGGACCUCGCGAACCCUUCGGACGCCUUCGUUGGGCAGCAGCUGUUGCGCCUCGAUCGAUGGGAAGGUGUCCUGCGACAGGAGCUGCGCCGAAAGGACACCUCCAGGAUGUUCAGCUCCUGCAUCUUCAAUGCUCUCUACCUUGAGAAGCGGAUCGACUCAGGCCCGAUGAACGAUUGGCCUUGGCCCGAGCAUGGACUUCUGGUGCUCGACUAUGCCAGUGGCAAGCGGCCAACCGCGGAGGACUCGGCCGUGGCUGCGCCAAGCUUCAGAAACCUCUGCCAGGCACUCCAUCUCUGCAGCCUGACCGAGGAACAGAAAGUCGCGGCUCUUGUUCCGGUCUCUCAUGAGCUCUUCCUCAGCAGCCUGCAGCUUCGUACAUUGCUCCUGCUUCUGGAGACGCCAAAUGCACGGCUGAAGCUCUUCGAGCUGCUCUACCUCAGGAUCGUCGACAUCCAAAACCAAACUCUGGCACGCGAUGUUCUCGACGAGAGCUGCAACUUCUGCAAGCUGGAGAGGUUCAACCAAUGCAUGAUGUUUCCGUUCGUCCAGCCCGAAAGCUUUGCCUUCGAGUUCAACUUGAAGCACUUGGACCAUCGGCUCGCCUCCCUGGCGGUCUUCAAGCUUUGCGAAGUCGAGGGCUGGGCCAACUUGCCGGAGCCGGCCUUCGUUGCGGACUUGGCGGAUGAGGACGGCACGGACGAAGCCUUGUUCUGGAGGCUGUCCUUAUAUCGUUUUUUGACUUAUGACAGCUCUGCAGAACUUUCAGGCUCUAGUGACUCUAGAAGAACUCCCUGGGAAAUCGUAAGCAUGGCGGACUUCAAGUUGAAGGUGGAUGAAUCCAACAAGGCAACGGAGCUGCCCCUGCUCCGGAUUUGUGGAACUGUUCAGCAGAAUCCACACAUGCGAGCGUUCUGGGGAAGCGUUUUCUCCUUCUUCCUCGCCUUCUUGGGUUGGUUUGCUCUCGCCCCCUUGGGGCUGGAAGUGGCCACCAGCAUCAAUAUGUGUGAGAACCAGAAGUUCCCCCCCGCCGAGAAUCCAUUGCGGCCAGCCUAUCUGAAGUACAAAAGCCUGAAAACAGGUCUGGAGUACUGCCAGUAUGGCAAGGUCAAGGAUGGUGACACCAUCACGGACUGUGCAGCAGUUCCAGCUGAUAUCAUGAGCAGUGCCACUGCGACUGCUGAAGAGAAGAGCCCAUAUGCUCAUUACAAGGCCGGUGCUGCAGCCGAUGAGGAGGAGUCGGAGUACGAAACGGAUGAAGAAGGAUGA